AUGGAUGAAAAUCAACUUGUAGUAACUUGUUCGAUUUCACAGAAUAAAAAUUCGUUUAUACCUACCUACGCUCUUAUUGAUACCGGAGCAUCAGGAUAUGCUUUCAUUGAUGAAUCUUUUGCACGCCACAACAAUCUUACAAUGACCCCCCUCAAAAUACCUCGCCAUGUAGACGUUAUAGACGGAAGACCUAUUAAGUCAGGAAAAAUUACCCAUAUUGUCGAUGUCUCGGUAGACAUUCAUGGCCAUCAGGAGACGGCGCCAUAUUUUGUAACGAAGUUAGGACACUAUCCAAUUGUGAUGGGGAUACCUUGGAUGCGACGACAUGAUGUUACGAUUCGACCGAAAGAAAAUCUACUUGUUUUUGACUCUCAAAGCUGUUGUCAACACUGUUCACUCAGUGGAACUGCAGUUAUUGUUCAUGGUAUCUCGAUUCCCUUACCGGAACACCAUACAAUUAUCGUUUCAGCAACUGAGAAACCCACUAUCGAUAUUGAACAAUUAGUACCGAAAGAAUUUCACCAUCGUCUCCAUAUGUUUAAAGAAUACGAUGCUUCAAUUCUCCCACCACAUCGACCAUCCCAUGACAUCGAGAUAGUAUUGGAGGAAGGCAAAAAACCACCAUAUGGUAUCACGGGGACUGUAGGCAAUAGACUGUGGUGCCAAGGAAUACAACCUAGGUAG